UGAUUGAAUCAUCUUAGAGUUUCAUUCCAUACCUGCCCAUAUUUGUCUGUUUUCUAAUAGUGAAAUCAUAGCCUAAGUUAGCUCAAGAUGAAGUUUGUUGUUAUUUCAGGUGGCGUCAUUAGUGGCAUUGGAAAAGGUGUUAUUGCAUCCUCUACUGGGUUGUUAUUGAAAACUUUGGGGCUAAAUGUCACAGCUAUUAAAAUCGAUCCAUAUAUGAAUAUCGAUGCUGGGACCAUGUCUCCUUUGGAACAUGGCGAGGUUUUUGUCAUGAACGAUGGUGGUGAAUCUGAUUUGGAUCUAGGUAACUACGAAAGGUACUUGAAUGUCAACCUAACUAAGGACCAUAAUAUCACUACCGGCAAAGUUUAUUCUUCAGUUAUCUCAAAAGAAAGAAAAGGUGACUAUUUAGGUAAAACUGUUCAAGUGGUCCCUCAUUUAACUAAUGAAAUUCAGGAGAGGUUGUUAAGUGUUUCGCAAAUACCAGUUGAUAGUUCAGGCCAAACUCCUGAUAUUUGUAUUGUUGAAUUGGGUGGUACUAUUGGGGACAUUGAAUCUGCUCCAUUUGUUGAAGCAUUGAGACAGUUUCAAUUUAGAGUUGGCCAUGAAAAUUUUGUCUUGAUACAUGUCUCUCUAAUCCCUGUGAUUAACGAUGAGCAAAAAACGAAACCAACUCAAGCUGCUAUAAGAGAUUUAAGAUCUUUGGGUUUAACUCCCGAUAUGAUUGCUUGCAGAUGUUCCAAACCUUUGCAAAAGCCAACCAUUGAAAAAAUUUCAAUGUUUUGUCAUGUUGGUCCAAACCAAGUCUUAGCUGUUCACGAUGUCAACUCCACCUAUCAUGUCCCACUUUUAUUAAAAGAACAAAAACUAUUGGAUUUUUUAAACAAAAGAUUGAACCUCAAUGCUGAUAUUAAAAUUUCAACAGAAUCCUUGAAAAAAGGCCAAUCUUUAUUGAAAAAUUGGGAACUUUUGUGUCGCAACGUUGAUAACUCCUUUGAAGUCGUUAAAAUUGCAAUUGUUGGUAAAUAUACCCACUUGAAAGAUUCAUACUUAUCGGUCAUCAAGUCUUUAGAACAUGCUUCAAUCAAGUUGAAAAAAAAAUUGGUCAUUAUUUGGGUUGAAGCUACUGAUUUAGAACAUCAAAUUUCUAUUGAUAAUAAAGCCAGCUACCAUAAAGCAUGGCAUUCUGUUUGUACUGCUGAUGGCAUAUUAGUUCCAGGAGGAUUUGGUAACAGAGGUAUUGAAGGUAUGAUUCAAGCUGCCAAAUGGGCAAGAGAAAAUGACAUUCCUUAUUUAGGUAUUUGUCUUGGUUUGCAAAUUGCUACAAUUGAAUUUGCAAGAAAUGUUCUCGGUAUUCAAGAUGCCAACUCCGAAGAGUUUUUUCCAAAUAUUACUGAUGAUAAAAAAAUAAUCCUUUAUAUGCCUGAGAUUAAUAAAGAAAAAUUGGGUGGUACAAUGAGAUUAGGUCUCAGAAUCACCAAAUUCCAAAAGGAUACUGAUUGGUCAGUAAUCAAGAAACUAUAUGGUUCAAAUGAACAAAUCUCAGAAAGACAUCGUCAUAGAUAUGAAGUUAACCCUAAAUUUGUUGAACAAAUUGAAUCCAAGGGUUUAGUUUAUGUUGGUAAAGAUGAGAAAAACGAAAGAAUGGAAAUCUUUGAAUUGAAGGAUCAUCCUUACUAUAUUGGUACUCAGUAUCAUCCAGAAUAUGUUUCAAAAGUUUUAGAACCUUCAAAGCCAUUUAUUGGCUUAGUUGCUGCAAGCUCAGGUGUUUUAAAUGAGGUUUUAAGCAAUAAACAAUUAUUAAAAUAUAAUGGAGGUGAAGCUGAUUUCUAAGGAAAAAGCGAUAAAUUUGAAUAAUAAUAAUAAUAAUAAUAAUAAUAAU